GUCAGUCAGUCACUGUUACAUACAAACAAUCAAACAUCGACAAGAACAAUGAAGAAUCUCACGCUCCUCAUCUUCACCACAAUACUCAUCGCUCUCAUCUGCACACCAGGUGCUGACGGUAUGCUGGCUAUGCUCCCAGUGACAAUCAGAGCUGUACUGGCACCGGUGCUCAAGUUGGGAUGCAAAUUCGUUCCUAAAUUCCUGUUUCCGACUGACGAGGAGGUGGCCAGCUUCUAGUGUAUACAAGCACACAUUACCAGCUGAUAUGAAUAGAAUUGUUAUGAGUCUUUCAUCCUUGUUGAUUGUAAUAAAAUCAGUGUAGUGUGUGAAUACGUGUGUGGCUUUCAUUGUGUUUUAUUAUUUUUUGAGUGGUCUAGUGAGUGGU